AUGAGGAGUUCCUCAGCCAACCUGCUACGUGUGCUGUCCCGCCUCGUUGUCUGCUCCACCCUCAUCCUGGCGCUCAGCGUGGCCCUGAAGACCCGCUCCCGUUUCGCUCUCCUCUUCCCCUCCUUCUCAUCCCACCACCCCGCCACCAUGUCCUACUCCCAAGAACGCUACAUUGCCGAACUCGCCGUCCAGCGGGCCACCCUGCUGACCCAGAAGGUCUUCUUCGAGAAGGCCAAGGGUACUGUUUCCAAGGAUGACAAGUCCCCCGUCACCAUCGGCGACUUCGGCGCCCAGGCCCUGAUCAUCCAGGCCAUCCGCAAGAACUUCCCCAACGACGAGAUCGUCGCCGAAGAGGAGGCUAGCUCCCUGCGCGAGGACAAGGACCUGAGCGCCGAGAUCUGGCGUCUGGUCAAGGACAUCAAGCUCGAGGAUGCGGAGAGCGACAACCUGCUCGGCGGUCCCCUAGCCAGCGAGCAGAAUAUGCUGGACAUCAUCGAUGAGGGCAAGAGCGCUGGUGGCGGCAAGGGCCGUAUCUGGGCUCUGGACCCCAUUGACGGCACCAAGGGUUUCCUCCGUGGCGGCCAGUACGCCGUCUGCCUUGGUCUGAUCGUUGACGGCGACGUUAAGGUCGGUGCCAUUGGUACCCCCAACUUGCCCGUUGAUGCCGCCACCAUCGACGCCAACACCGGUGCCCAGCAGGGUGAGACCAAUGAUAAUGGCGUCCUCUUCUCCGCCAUCCUGGGCGAGGGUGCUACCAGCCGCCCUCUGUCCAACGGCGCUCUUGCCCCCAGCAAGCCCAUCUCUAUGCGCCCCGUCCCCGACAUCGCCCAGGCUGUCUUCUGCGAGGGUGUUGAGGCUGCCCACUCUGCCCAGGGUGACAACGCUGCCGUCGCUGAACGUCUCGGCAUCACUGCCCCUAGCGUUCGUCUGGACUCGCAGGCCAAGUACUGCUCGAUCGCCCGUGGCUCCGGUGACAUCUAUCUUCGUCUCCCCGUGAAGAAGGACUACCAGGAGAAGAUCUGGGAUCACGCUGCCGGUGACAUCAUCGUCCGCGAGGCCGGUGGCCAGGUCACCGAUAUCUACGGUGCCCGUUUGGACUUUAGCAAGGGGCGGACUCUUGCUGCCAACAAGGGUGUCGUUGCCGCGCCCAAGGCUCUCCAGGGCCAAGUCAUUGACGCCGUCAAGGUCGUCCUGAAGCUGUAA